AUGGCGGAUGCUACGACAAAUUCGAAGAACACAGCGUUGUCAGACUCCAAUCAGGCCGCUGCGCUGCUUCAGAUCGCGCGCCUCGUCGCCGCAUCUCCUGGCUCUCGCGGACCUCUCGCCCAGCUUCUCAACGCGGCGGAGGGCGGUGCGACUCUCCUCCCCUCAUCGUCCGUGCGACCGACUUUCGCGUCAGACGCGCCGUCCUUUGCGGCGCAUGAUGCGCCACCGUACACGUCAAUCUAUCCUCCCCUCGCAGUGGGCGCCCCUCAAACCACAUCCGCGGCUGCGUGGCUCAAUCCGCGGAACUCCCCAUCGGCGGAGGGUCCGCGCGCCAGCCUCCGCGAUCUGAACAUCGCGGCCGGGUCCCUUGCGGCCGCCGCUGCGCCUGGUAGCCCGCAGGCGCGUGGAUUCGGGGGAACUGGCGCGUUUGGGAAACCAGGGAACACCGAACGCGCAUCGCUGAAGCGGAAAUCUUGGGAUACGGCUGAUGGUGAGGAGCGUAGAGCAUCGAACGCGCCGUUCCCCACCAGCGGGUCCGCUGGUAAAAGCUUUGGGGCUCUGUUCUCGCCCCAAGCAGGAUUCAAGCCUAGGGUGUUCAGUCCAGAAGUAGCUGGAGAGUUCCGGUUGAGUGGAAGCUCGGAUGAGGAAGGGGAAGGUAAGGAAAGCGGUGGGGCGUUCAUGGAGGGUCAGGGGGAGUGGGAGAUUGCUGAUGCGGAGGGGGAGGGAGAGGGGGAAGGGGAGGGAGGUGCCGAGACGAAUGGCAACAAAAAGAAAAUGCGGCUUACGAGGGAGCAGUUAACAAUGCUGGAGGAUUUUUUCAAGAAGCAUCCACAUCUGACGCCGCGUCAGAAGGCGGGUUUGGCGAAGAGUUUGGGAGUGCGGGUGCGGCAGGUGGAGGUGUGGUUUCAGAACCGGCGGGCGCGCACCAAGGUGAAGCAGACAGAGGCGGAGCUUGAGGGGCUGAGGAGGCUUUGCCAGCAGCUGGCAGAGGAGAAUAAGCGGCUCAAGCUGCAGCUGGCUGCUCAGGAGAGGAGUGAGGAGGAAGCUAAAAGACGAGAAAUGGUGGGAACUACCAGGAGCAUGGAUGGGGAGGCUAGCGCGAACUGCAUGAAGGCUGUUGAAACAAGGGGGCCAAAGUGCAGCUCUUGUCAUGCAGCUAAGGAAUCGGAAGUGGAGGAUACACCUGUUGAAGAGGGAGAAACCCCAUUUAUUAUGUUUUUGUAA